AUGGACAGCGCCACGCUGAACAAGAUUCGCUCUCGGAGAUCACAUCACAAGUCCCGGCUCGGUUGUAAAAAUUGCAAGAGGCGGCGGGUAAAAUGUGAUGAGAAGAAACCAUCUUGUGGAAAAUGCGUGAACCAUUCCAUCGAAUGUGACUUCUCCGUAUCUACUCCGACGUCGCCAUCACCAUCACCACCUGCUGCAUCGUCAGCUCAUCAGCGGUACCGAUUCAGGCAAUCCAAAUAUCAGACUUUAGCUUCCCCAGCGCCCAAUGAAGCACAACGCCCUGGCGGCAACUCUAUCGCCGUCCAAUGCGAUUUUUCCGCCAAUAUUAGUGCUAUGGUCGGGAUUUCGUUUGCGGAUCUUCAACUCUUUCAUCACUAUCUAAUCUCGACAUAUCGCACCCUCACAGACGAAGCAUCCGAUCCAUAUGAUGUUUGGUCGAUCCACAUCCCACAGUGGGGAAUCGCGUUCCCCUCAAUCCUCCAUUUAAUGCUGGCCUUGUCCGCUCUCCAUCUUGGUCAUGAAAAGCCAGAGCUUCGACACCAGUAUGUGAUGCAGGCAAAUGACCAUUUCACAUUUGGUAUCCGAUCUGUCACUACCGUCCUCUCUCAACUGAAUUCCGAGAAUUGUCAGUUGAUUUAUAUGUCAGCGGUCAUGAUCUGUCUCGUCUAUUUCGGACAUGGUCCCCGACCCGGUGAAUAUCUAGUCUUCAGUAGCCAGGGACAAGCUGAGUGGCUAGUCCUCAUGAGAGGAGUUCGCUCCAUUCUGGCAACAAAUCAUGAUAAGAUCUUCUCGGGGGUCCUGACGCCUCAGACGGAUGAUAGCAUCCAAAGCGUCAGUCCCGAAUUACAGGGCGAAUUACGUCAACAUCACGAUCGCAUUGUCGAGCUAAAGACUUUCAUCGAGAUACAGACUGCUGGCCCCGAAAAGGACUUGUACCUUUCUGCUGUGGGCAGCCUACCAGACACUUUUGACGAGACUUAUACGAUGCGGAGUGCGGGAAAGGACGGUGUAUGUUUAUUACCUAUGGUGAUAGGCUGGAUAUAUCGACUCCCAGAACCAUUUGUGGUGCUUUUAGAGAAAAAGGAUCCUUUCGCGCUCGUUAUCCUGGCUCAUUGGAGUAUUCUACUAACCUAUAUGACCUCGUCCUGGCUCUUCGUUGGUUGGGAUCAACAUGUUAUCAAAGGUAUUCGGGCUUCUCUAGAGGAGGAGUUCUACAACUGGAUUAGCUGGCCUGAGACUGUCAUUAGCACACGGGCCUAG